AUGUAUAGAGAGAUUCAAAUGAAGAAAAUAUUUAACAACACCUAUUUACUUGGAGUGGUCUUUUUUAUCAUAUGGGUCUUCCUAUCAAUGGUUUACAUAACAUUAAUAAAUCCUUACUCACUUGAAUUUUCCCAAAUCAUAUAUAUACUUUGGAUUCCAUUUUUCAUAUUUUAUUUGAUGGUUGGAUGGUCAAUGGUCAGAUGCGUAAUAAGUGAUCCUGGAAAAGUUCCCAUUUAUUGGGGAGUUUUAUUGGACGAUUAGGAAUAAAAGAAAAGACGAUAUUGUUUAAUUUGCCAUAUUUUUAAACCUGAACGAUGUCACCAUUGCUCAACAUGUCAAAGAUGUGUUUUAAAUAUGGAUCAUCAUUGUCCAUGGAUUGGAAAUUGUGUGGGAUAUCAAAAUCGUAAGUUUUUUAUUUUGUUUCUUUUCUAUAUAAAUUUAACAGUCUUAUUUGGCAUUGGAAUCAUCGCCUUCUAAGUUUAUCCAAUUAUUAUGGAUCUUAUCUUUGUAGAUUGGAGACUUCUAAUUGAGAAAUAUAAUGUUAUCCCUACUCUCUUACUAGCAUCAAUCAUUCUUGUAUUCGGAGUAGUCAUAUUCAAUUUCUUUCUGUUUCACUUAGAUUUAGUUUCAACUAACAAAACAACCAUAGACACUUUGGAGGUAAGAAGAAAUGGAAACAACCCCCAAAUUCCUCUGAAUGCUUAUGACAUAGGAUUCAAAGAAAACUGGUUAUAAGUCAUAGGAAUUAAUUCUUGGCUCUGGCCUUUCCCAAUGUUCGGAGAAAGCGGAAGACCAAAAGGAGAUGGAGUUAGGUGGGAGCGUAAUUAAAACUAAUUAACAAUGACCGAAUAGAAUGUUACCCACAGAACCUAAACAAACUAAAAUUAAAGAAGCGAAAUGACUUAGCCUCAAUAAAGAGUUUGA